AUGGACGAGCGUUUAGCAACGUUGAGGCGUCAGCGCGGAACAUGUAAAUCGCGUAUCACGCAUCUCGAAACAUUCAUUACGAAUUAUCGCACGAGCGGCGAACCAUUAGAAACUUUGCAAACGAAAAUAGAAUUUGUUCGAAGUACGUGGGUUCAAUUCGAAGAUAUUCAAACGAAAAUCGAAGAAUUAGACGAAGAAGAUACAGAGCGUGAAGCCAUUGAGGAUCGGUAUUGUCAAGUUGUCGGGCGAUCGCGCGCUCUCGUAAAUUCAAUACAGCAUCCGCCAGUAGGCAAUCCAAACGGGGAUAAUGCGGGGAACGGCGCGGUUGACGGGGCGCUCAAGGUCAGGCUGCCAACGAUGAACCUUCCAGUAUUCGAUGGAAAUCCAGAAAAAUGGUUAGAAUUUCUCGUCUUAAAGGGUAGAGCAGCUGACGUGAUACAGUCUCUCGAGACAUCCGCAGAAAAUUACCCAAUCGCGUGGAAUCUUUUAACGAAACGAUUCGAAGACAAACGCGCUAUCACCGCGCGACAUUUGCAAGCACUGCUCGAGAUUCCGAGCAUGCAGAAAGAGUCCGGGACUCAAUUGCGACAAACUCUCGAUGGUUUUCUUCGACAUGUACGCGCUUUAGAAAUUCUCAAGGCGAACACGUGGGAUACGGUAAUUAAUCAUUUAAUGAUCGCAAAAUUCGACUCUGCCACUCGUCGCGAGUGGAGAUCUCACAUCAAGAAUAUGGAAGUGAUUACCGUUGCCAGCUUGACCGAGUUCCUCGAGGAACGAUGCUCAAUUAUCGAGCCUGAAACGACAAAAUCGUCCGCGGUAAAAUCAAAUUCAAAUAAUCGAAUCGAAAAUAAAUCAACACCUCAACAAAAAAGGGUCGAUAGCUCGAACGCGUUCGUGAAUACGAGCAGCGACAAUCGGAAUAGGCGAAGCUGUGCGUUUUGCGGUGAGGAAUCACAUUUCAUGUAUACGUGUCAUAAAUUCAAAGAGUUAACCGUUCCUCAAAGGCUCAACGCGGUAAACGAGCGUAGACUUUGUCGUAAUUGUUUGCGACCAAAGCAUUUUGCGGACAAUUGUCAAUCAUCUGGUUGCAAACGAUGUAAUGCCAAACACAAUACGUUGUUACAUCCAAUCGAAAAGAGCGAAAACGCGAGAAACUCAACGAUGACGUCCGCGACGGAAAAUAAUUCGAGGUCGGUAAAUUCAGAGCAACAAGUCACGAGCGUAAAUUGUAACAGCGUUCAAGUUCCAGUACCUUCAAAGGUGUUGUUGUCUACGGCGCGAGUUUUCAUUUACGAUACCGCUGAAAGAUCACACGAAUGUAGAGUACUGCUAGAUUCAGGAUCACAGUCUAAUUUUUUAACGAAAGAGUUUUGCGACAGACUAAAACUUGCGACACAACCGUUUAAUUGUUCCGUCGGAGGCAUAGCCGCGUCGAUAAAUAUUACGGAAAUCACGUCCGCGUUAAUUCAAUCGAGACAUACCGCAUAUCGAGCCAAGGUCAAGUUUUUGAUAACUAAGAAAAUAAUCGAUGAAUUGCCACUAUCGCAGAUCGAAAUCGGUCACUUGCAAAUUCCUACGAAUUUAAAGCUCGCCGAUGAAACGUUUCAUGUGCCGGGUAAAAUCGAUAUGAUAUUGGGGGCAGGCGUUUUCUGGGGUUUACUCUGUAUCGGACAGAUCAAACUGGGCCGAUCUCAGCCAGUAUUACAAAAAACGCAUCUCGCUGAGACACGACUUCGGGAUCAGGUCGAGAAAUUUUGGACCAUCGAAGAGAUCGAUCAAAAAAUCGCGCCAUCGAAAAACGACGCAGCCUGUGAGGAACACUUCGCACAGACACACCGACGUGACGAACAAGGACGAUUCACUGUGAGUCUCCCACUACGGGGUCAUACGAGUGAACUUGGAGAGUCGCGAAAUAGCGCAUUGCAUCGUCUGUUCAGACUCGAACGAAAACUCGAAAAGGAACCGGAAAUCAGCGAAGAAUACCAAAAAUUCAUGAACGAGUACAUCGUGCUAAAGCAUAUGACCGCAGUCGACUCUGAUCACGAUGGUUCCUUAAUGGCGCAUUACAUCCCGCAUCAUGCCGUUAUCACCAACCCUAACGAUCGCUUCAAGCUUCGGGUUGUUUUCGAUGCAUCGGCAAAAACGUCCACAGGGAAAUCGUUGAAUGACAUUCUACACGUGGGGCCCACCAUUCAAGAGACAUUGUUUUCGAUAGUCUUGCGUUUCCGUCAGCACCAAUAUGUGGUCACGGCGGAUAUUGUCAAGAUGUAUCGCCAAGUCAAGGUCCAAGAAGAGCAACGAGAUUUGCAACGAAUACUUUGGAGAUCGAGCGGUGAUAUGCCCGUACAGGAAUAUCAAUUGAAUACCGUUACUUAUGGACUCGCCUCAGCACCAUUCUUGGCAAUUCGCGCUUUGCACCAAGCGGCUCACAAUGCGUGUGACUCUCAUCCAUACGCGAGCCGAGUCAUCAUUCGGGAUUUUUAUGUUGACGAUUUACUCACGGGACACGACAACCUUGACGAUCUACGGAAGCUUAAAACAGACAUUGCAAUGGUACUCCGUUCCUCGGGAUUCGAGUUGGCUAAAUGGAAAUCGAACGAACCAACGUUGUUCGAUCAAAACACGGACGAAUUCGCGCGCCUCGUCAACAUCGGCGAGGAAGUCAAAACUCUUGGUUUGAGCUGGGCACCGAUCAAAGACACGCUACAAUAUCAAGUAAUCGCAAAUGCUACCGGUAAUCGAGCGACGAAACGUUCCGUUUUGUCGGUAGUCGCUCAAAUUUUUGACCCAUUGGGACUUGUUGGUCCAUCGACGAUUCGGGCAAAAAUCCUCAUGCAAAGGCUAUGGCAGCUGAAUCUUAGAUGGGAUGAAUCGUUGCCAAUCGAGUUACAUACAGAAUGGAUGACCUACGUCAAUCAAUUACACGCAAUUAACGACAUCACGAUCCCAAGAGUAGUUAUUUGCCGCGAUCCAACGGUGAUAGAGAUUCACGGAUUUUCCGACGCUUCGGAAAGCGCUUAUGGGGCCUGUGUUUAUAUACGCUCGGUAAAUCCUCGAGGAAAACCCAUGAUCCGAUUAUUAUGCGCAAAAUCAAAGGUCGCUCCUUUGAAAACGAUUUGUAUUCCACGCCUCGAGUUAUGCGGAGCGGUCUUACUCGCGAAGUUGGUAAACGCAGCAACUCAAACACUAACAAUACCGUUGAACGAUCGAUAUUAUUGGUGCGAUUCAACGAUUGUCCUCGCGUGGAUUCAUGGUGAGCCUCACUUGAGGAAGACAUUCGUGGCAAACCGCGUGACCGAAAUACAGCAGUUGACGUCUCAUGAGCAAUGGCGUCACGUCAGAUCUGAGCACAAUCCAGCUGACGUAAUAUCGCGAGGAAUCAGCCCCAACCAGCUGAACGAUCUGCAGCUUUGGUGGCAGGGUCCCGAAUGGUUGCAACAUCCAGAAGAGCAUAUUCACCAACCAAUUCCGCUGCCAGUCGACGAGAUUCCCGAAACUAAGAUACAAACUAUCGUGGCCACUCAAGUCAUCGAAACGCACGAUAUAUUGGAACGAUUCUCGUCUUUGACCAAGCUGAAACGAGUCGUCGCAUACUGCUUGCGUUGGAAAGAUGUUUCUAAACCGCGAAAUCUUCAACGAACGCACUCAUUAACCGUCGACGAGCUUGAGCGAGCUACGACAACGAUCGUCAAAAUGGUACAAGCCGCACGAUUCGCGCAAGAAAUUUCUGAUUUGCGAAGUAAACAACGAGUCAACCACGAUAGUGUACUGAUCACUCUCCACCCGUUUCUCGACGAUGACAAUAUUAUCCGAGUUGGCGGGCGAUUGAGAAACGCUCCGGUCUCAUACUCAAGGCGAUAUCCCGUCGUGUUACCUUCGAAUCAUCAUGUCACGACCAUAAUCAUCCGAGAUGCUCAUUAUCGAGCACUACACGCAGGUGCACAUGCACUGUUCGCGAGCCUACAAGAAUCGUUUUGGAUCUUGUCUGCCAAGUCGACAAUACGCAAGGUGCUUCAUAAAUGCAUCGUUUGCUUCAGAUCACGUCCGGUCUCAGCGCGCCAUUUCAUGGGUGAUUUACCGGUAAGCCGUUUGGAUAACACUCGGGCCUUUUUGAACGUCGGUAUCGAUUACGGAGGUCCGUUUAACCUCAAAUUGAGUCGUAACAAGACUUGUAAGGCAUAUAUAAGUUUGUUCGUAUGCAUGAGUACUAAGGCAAUUCAUCUCGAGUUGGUCUCCGACUUAAGUUCCGCAGCGUUUCUAAACGCGCUGAAAAGAUUUAUAGCUCGUCGGGGAAAGUGUGCGAAUAUUUACUCCGACAACGGAAGUAAUUUCCAGGGGGCGAGUCGAGAAUUGCGUGAGUUGUACGAUUUCAUCACUCAGCAGUCUCAUAAUCAAACAAUCGAUCAAUUUUGUAGCGAUCAAGCGAUCCAGUGGCAUUUCAUCCCACCAUAUUCUCCCCAUAUGGGAGGCUUAUGGGAGGCGGGUAUAAAAUCGGUAAAAACGCACUUGCGUCGAGUAUUGAGCGAAGCGUGUUUGACGUUCGAGGAAAUGUAUACCGUAUUAGUUCAGACCGAGGCUGUUUUGAACUCGCGACCGUUAACGCCGAUCUCAAGCGAUCCUACCGAUCUCGAAGCGUUGACCCCGGGUCAUUUUUUAAUCGGAGGCUCGCUCACCGCGAUUCCAGAGAGAAAUUUCAACGAAACACCAUCAAAUCGUUUAACGCGUUUUCAAUAUCUUGCGAAGUUAACACAGCAGUUCUGGACCCGAUGGUCUAACGAAUAUUUGUCAAAUCUUCAACAGCGAUACAAAUGGAAUCGCGAGGCUCGAGUCUCCGAUCUCAAGGUGGGAACAAUGGUUCUCCUGCGUGAUGACCAAACUCCCUCUAUGCAAUGGGCAUUAGGGCGAAUACUCGAGUGUCACCCAGGAAAGGAUAGUCAAACUCGAGUAAUUAGUAUAAGAACGGCCAAGGGCACUGUUAAGCGUACGGUAGCGAAAAUAUGUAUCCUGCCAAUAGAAAUUUAA